AUGGAGCCGUUUAUGAAGCCUCCUUUAGAGAUGAACUUUUCAACAACUGAACAGUUGUCGUUAUCCGAAAGAUGGAGACGAUGGAAGGAAACUAUGCAGUUAUAUCUUGGAUUAAACAUGUCUAAAGCCAGCGAGAAAGAACAAUGUGCGGCGUUCCGGUAUGUGAUCGGACAAGACGGACGAGACAUUUAUAACACAAUGAAGUUUACAGAGGCUCAAACGGACAAAAUCGACGUGUUAUUCGCGAAGUUUGACGAGUAUUGUGAACCCAGAAGAAACACGAUUAUAGAAAGAUACAAGUUUAAUACGCGAGUGCAAAGAGACGACGAAACAGCCGAUCAGUACGUAACUGAACUUAAAUUGCUCGCUAAGAAUUGCAACUUCGGGACCGCGUUGUUUACGGAAUAAAAUCGGAGCGUGUGAGAGAACGGUUAUUACGAGAACGAGAGUUAACGUUAGAUAAAGCGUUUAUAGAAGUAUGUCAAAUAAACGAACAGUCUGAGGAACAACUAAAAGUACUAAACGAUGUUCAGAGCGUCAAGGCCAUAGGAAAACAUAACAAAUCAGGAAAUUAUCGUAGCAAAUUAGAUGCAAAUCGAAAGCGUCAUUUCAAGCAUAACGGCGGCAACAAACAAGAACAAGUAUCGUGUUGCGGAAAGUGCGGAAAGUCUCAUCCUGCAAAAGAAUGCCCAGCUUUUGGUAAGAAAUGUUUUAAGUGUGACAAAAAGAAUCAUUUCGUUAAAUUCUGCAAGUCAAAGAAAAUACAUGCAGUAGACAAAGCGAGUACAGAUGACGAACCGUUGUUUAUUGGAGCGGUUAAUUCAAUUCAUAACGAAGAGAAUGUUUUCAAAACUUUAUCAAUCGAGGGAAAUGAGAUCAAGUUCAAGAUUGACACGGGAACACAAGCCAAUAUAAUACCACUACCUACAUUCGAGAAGAUGAAGCUGAAACAAACCCGGUUAGAAAGACCAACAGCAAAGUUAACAAGUUACACUGGCGAUUAUCUACCGGUCGUCGGAGAAUGCAAUCUGAAAUGUAACAACAAGACAUUGAAAUUUUUCGUGGUGAAAACUGGACAAGUUCCCAUCAUUGGUUUGAAAGCUUCUCAAGAACUGAAUCUGAUCAAAAUCAUCAUGAAUGUGAACAAUGUGAUUGGUCAAUCAGCAGAAACCAUUCAUGAGAUAUUUCCUAAAGUAUUUCAAGGUUUGGGAUGCCUAAAGAAUCCAUACCACAUCGAAGUCGACCCUACGAUUAUACCUGUCGUUAGUCCUUUAAGAAGUACACCAGUUGCGCUCAGAGAGAGGCUGAGGUCUUCGCUAGACGAUAUGGAAAAAAGGGAGUCGUGGAGAAAGUCGAUGGUCCAACCGAGUGGGUGAAUUCGACAGUGAUUAUAGAGAAGCCAAACAGUGACAAACUACGAAUUUGUCUUGAUCCGAGACCACUAAAUGAAGCUAUCAAGCGAGAACACUUUAAGAUGCCAACAAUAGAGGAAAUCACGACGCGUGUGGCCGGAGCCAGAGUAUUCUCCAAACUGGACGCAAAUCAUGGCUAUUGGCAAAUACUACUAGAUGAAGAGAGCCGAUUGCUGACCACAUUCAACACACCAUUUGGUCGUUACUGUUAUAAAAGGAUGCCAUUUGGAAUCACGUCUGCGCAAGAAGUAUUCCAGAAACGAAUGUGUCAAUCCUUUGGAGAUCUCGAAGGCGUGGAAACAGAUGUUGAUGAUAUUUUGGUUUGGGGAGCCACAGUCGAAGAGCACGACGAACGUCUGAUGAAUACCCUACAACGAUGUGAAGAGAUCAACCUCACUCUCAACAAAGAGAAAUGCGAGUUUCGAGUGAAAGAAGUCACUUAUAUCGGUCACAAGUUAACCCGAGAAGGUGUGAAACCGGAUGAACAGAAGGUUAAAGCCAUUAAGCAGAUGCCCCCUCCCGAAGAUAAGAAAGGAGUUGAACGAUUGCUUGGUACAGUGAACUAUCUAGCAAAGUUUAUACCUAACAUGUCCACGAUAAUGCAGCCGAUUAGAGAGGUUAUGAAAAGUGGCGUGGAGUUUCAUUGGGGAGGUGCACAGGAGAAAGCGUUCCAAGAAGUAAAAGAACUACUAACAAAGGCGCCAGUUCUUGCAUACUAUGAUGUGAAGAAACCUGUGACGGUGACGUGUGAUGCUUCAAAGAGCGGUGUUGGGAGCAGCGUUACUUCAAGAUGACAAACCAGUCGCGUUUGCUUCGAGAGCCCUGACAGAUGCGGAAAUUCGGUAUGCGCAGAUCGAAAAAGAACUAUUGGCAGUUGUUUUUGCGUUCGAGAAGUUCAACCAGUACACAUAUGCCAGAGCUGUAAAAGUUGAAACUGAUCAUAACCCGCUGCUCUCAAUUGUGAAGAAGUCGUUAACGUCAGCGCCACCUCGUCUGCAGAGAAUGCUAUUACGGUUGCAACGGUACGACUUUACAUUGAAAUACAGACCUGGGAAAGAAAUGAUCAUCGCGGAUACACUUUCUCGAGCUUACCUUACCGAUGAUGAUGUGGACAGUAGCAAGAUGAACGAAGAGUUAGAAUGUUACGUGCACACGGUAACCAGCAGAAUGCCAGUAUCCGAAGAACGACUGGAACAGAUCAAGAAAGAAACAGCGAUUGACCAGACCAUGAAGACCCUGUUCUCAACAAUCCGAAGGGAAUGGCCAGAGACAAGAUAA